GCCGGUGGGGCCCAAUCGGGUGGGUCGUGACUGGUCGCCUUGUUCAAGCGGAGCGCGGAGAGAGAGGGGGGCAGCGUCCGGCGGGAGUGGACUGUCCACCGGAGUGACCGGGGUCAGAGCGAGCGAGCGAGUGAGGAGAGAGAGAGAGAGAGCGCGCGCGGGGCCACAGCCAGGGACAGUCCAGCCCAAGAUCUGGAACCUGUAUGGAGAGUACUCUCGACAAACCUGCACCACACCUGUCAAAGUGCCAACAAGCUUCUGCAGAAUAGCUCUACAUUUCUGGAGGCGUUAAUAUCAUUCCUCGCUGGCAAAUAAGGCAGCCAAUUUCAGCGCAGCAACGUCCUACAAACAGGCAGCAAGUGAGAGCAAUAAGAGGAGAAAACUACGAUCAGAAAACGGGUCGAAGGCACUGAGAUUGUAGUUCAUCAUCUGUGCAGACAAGCCACAGAGCUAGUGAUGAUAACCCUGGUCUGACCCUUCAUUGGGAAGAAGUGAAGUGAUCUGCAGAUCCUCAUGUGCAUCAUUUUCUUCAAGUUUGAUCCACGUCCAAUUUCUGCUUACAGACUCGUCCUAGCAUCAAACAGGGAUGAGAUCUAUUCCAGGCCAUCGAAGCCAGCAGACUUCUGGGCGAGCAACAGUGACAUUCUCAGUGGACUGGACAUGGAAGAGGGUAAAGAAGGCGGAACGUGGUUGGGUAUCAGCAGGAAAGGCAAGUUCGCCACACUCACCAAUUAUCUUCAGCCAAUUAUGAACCCCAAUGCACACGGCAGAGGUAGUCUCGUGUCAAAUUUCCUGACUGGAAACCAGGACAGUUUAUCGUAUCUGAAGCGGAUAUCUACAGAAGGACAUCUGUAUAACGGAUUCAACUUGUUAGCAGCUGAUUUCAGCAAUACCAAAGAAGAUGUGAUGUGUUACUAUGGAAACCAGAGUGGCAAGGAACCCCAGCUCCUCCAACCAGGUAUUUACGGGCUGAGUAACUCUCUGCUUGACACGCCGUGGAAUAAAGUGCUUCACGGGAAAAAGCUAUUCACCGAAAUAACUACGAAAAUUAAUGAACUUUCUGCCGAGGAACUGGCGAACGAACUUAUCCACCUGAUGAAUGACGAAGAGCCACACUUUCCAGACCCUGGCAUUGAACAACAGAUUUCGGAUUCCAUGCGUCCCAUGCUGAGCAAGUAUUCAUCUGUGUGUGUGCGAUUGACUGGCUACGGCACCAGGACCAACACCGUAAUCCUCAUAGACACCAAAGGGCGCGUCACCUUCACAGAGCGCACCAUGCUCAACUCAGACAUACACCAAUGGAAAGUCAGCUCCUACCACUUCGAACUGCUGCCUUAAUGGCUGGCUUUGCCUUGGGUCACAGGAUUAAGGCAUAUCUAGACCUCCAUGUCUGCUUUGCGAAGCUGCCUUGUUUUGCCAGAGGAAUCAGUUCCACCCAAGAAGGAGAACACGUUUACCUCCACUCCAUUCCCGCAUCCCACCCUGCACUCUCAGUGAGGCGAAUAAGCACAAGAAUCUGGUAUUGAUCCUACCAAAAAGGAAUCCAUUCAGAGGACGAGGGAGUGAACUUGGUUCAUCUGUAAUAGGAUGUGUUUGUUGGAACCACAGCACCACCACUUGGAUUUAUCUAACCCCCUUCAUACAUGGUAGCGUCUCAGAGCGCUGCGGUCAGAGAGGCUUCAGUAGGAACCUGGGAGAUGGAUCCCUGAUGCUUAAGGAACUUUUGCGUGUAAGAAAAAAAGCACGUAGGAAGAAUAUAUAUGUUUCGAUACAUCACGAGAGCAAGUAUUCCUGUCGUCGUGAAAUGUGUGUCAAUUACGGGUCUGAAAUGCUGUGCACUGUCCAGCGCCUGGGGACGUCCUCCCGACAUGAAAGGCGCUAUGCAAAUGUAAUGUUGUUGUUGGCUUCAUGCUCACCGCUGUAAUCAUCACUGGUUUUGUCAAAGUUAAUCAAGCACAAUCGCCAGCCAAAUACUGGAACAGGCGCACUAUUUUUUUAUGAAUUUGCAAGCGUCAAAGUUUGUUUAGCAAUUUGCGACACUGCGCACUUUCUCUGUGUUAAAUGAUUGUAGCCGUGAUUUAAAAAGCAUCGUGCAUCCAUCGGUAUCUGUAGAAAUCGCAAACUCAGAAACCUAAAGCUUCAGAAAGGAUGCAGGCUUUUCUUUGAUUGUGUCCUAUUCUGCAGAGGGAAAAAAUCAACCAACUUUUUAAAAGUAUUUACUCACAGUCAUGCACUUUUGCAUUCUUUCUGUAACUGUAAUCGGUGUCUGGGCCUCCUUCAUUGUAAAGACUUAAAUAAAGUUUCACGAAUAUGAGG